GCCGAUUCGUCAUGGCGGUGGCCGGCGAUGCCGUCGACAACAAAAUCGACGAAAGUAAGACAGCGACAAUUAAUCAGACCUUAUCUAAGGCUCCUCCAAUCAUUCGUGUGACAUCGUCAUUUUUAGUAUUGUUCAAUCUCGUACUGCAAAAGAAACUCGAAGUGUCCACCGUCAUUAAAGUUGACGGUAUUCCUAAAGUCGAACCCAAAAGCUUCGACCAUCUCCAACAAGUUAUCACCGAAAUAUUUACGAAGUUCGGUAAAAUCCUCAGAGAUUACUAUCCAAAAUCUGAAAAUGACGACACUAAAGGUUACUUAUUCAUUGAAUAUGAAGAACACGAAAGCGCAUUGAGAGCUGUUAAGAGAGCUAAUAAUUCCCAAUUCUGUGAACUUACUUUAUCAGUACAAUUAGUGUCCGACUGUAAAACGUGA